AUGCCGCCGGGGACGGGGGCGGGCGGGGGGCGCCGGGAUGGGAGGGAGCUCUGCGGGGCUCCCCCGAAGAGCCCCAGGGCCGCCCGGCUGCUGCUGCUCCAGGUGAUGAUGGUGAUGGUGGUGGGCGCCCGGCCCGGGGCGCAGGCGACGAGCGGACACGAACAUGGCCUGAAUCCCAACAGUUCUUUGUGGGAUACGGAUUACAAAAGACUGUUGCACAGUAAGAAAACCCUUUGUGGCACCGUGGCCUCUUACAAACCCUCCAGCUCAUUCAGAAGCAGCUCUCUCCUAAGUUACCAUGGAAGGAGAAGUUUGCUAAGUCAGAACCUGGACCAGAAGCCACAAGAAAAGCAGUUGUCCUGUGAUAUGCUCCUUAAACUCUCCAGAUACAUUUUAAUGGAUAUCUUUAGACCUAGCUUGGCCUGGAAGCUCUUUCGGUUUUGUAACUGUGAUCGAGAAGUCAGCUUCCCCAAAAUCCGCAUCAGUCCCCUCAAGGUGGCCCAGCACAAGGUGAAGCAGUUCCUGCUGCGCAGAGUGCUCCAGCUCCUCGGGAAUAUGGGACCGCUGUUUGAAGCUCAGCAGUCCAAGGCCUUCUCUCUGCUCAAGAAGCAAAUGGUUAAACCAAAGAAAACGCCGUUAAAGCCCGAAGAGGAGCGAAGUGGUAGGUACACAAGGAGGAGAUGUGGGUUCGGUAUCUCUUUGGGGUGCUGUCUCAGCAGAAUUGCCGGGCUGGGCAUCACUGGGUGCAACCCAGUGGUUCUGAUCCGUGCCAGGAGGUGCACCCGGCGUUCGGGCUGA